AUGUGUACAUUAGUAAUAAGUUUAAUUAUUCUUGGUCUUACUUCUCUUAUUCUGUUCUUUACUGGAUAUAUGGGCACUGGUAUCCGUUAUUUAAUGCGUCUAGCUCAUCAACAACAUAAACAGGUUCGUAUGAGUCAACGUCCAAAACGUAUUUUUCUUAUUCGACAUGGAGAAUCUCAAGCUAAUGUCGAUACAACACUGAGUGCACGAAUGGCUGAUAGCCGGAUUGAAUUAACAGAACGAGGUCAACAACAAGCUCUUGAAGCUGGUGAAAAACUUCGAUCGAUUAUUGGAAAAGAAGAAUCUAUGUAUGUUUAUAUGAGUCCAUAUCGACGUUCAAAACAAACAUGGGCAAAUAUUAAAAAAGCAUUUUCACCAUCACAAAUUCUUACUGAAAGAGAAGAUCCAAGAAUUCGUGAACAGGAAUUUGGUAAUAUUACUGAUUUACAAAAACGUCCACAUGAAUUAGAAGAUCAAGACCGUUUAGGACAUUUUUUCUAUCGUUUUUCAUGUGGUGAAAGUGGUGCUGAUGUUUAUGACCGUGCUUCAUUAUUUCUCGAUACUUUAUUUCGUGAAAUGGACAAUGGACAUCAUGAUCCAACACAAAAUAUAGUUAUAGUUUCACAUGGUUUAUUUAUGCGUUUAUUUCUAAUGCGAUAUUAUCGUUGGAACGUCGAGGAUUUUGAUGGUAUUAAACAAUUUGGAAACUGUGAAAUAUGUCAACUAACAAAAGUUGAUGGUGUUUAUAAACUUGAUGAACAUACAAAACCUCCAACACAAUCAUCAUAG